CAAACAAACAAACAAACUCUUCAGCUUUAUAUAUUGGUAUAGAUUCCACUCAUAUCGUAGAUAGUAGGUAAAAUAUUUCAUUAUUCCAAAACAGUUUUAGAAUUAUUGAAGGAAAAUUCAUCAUAUAAACAUUGGUAUGAACCGUUGUUUAAACUUUAUCCUCUAUACCGGUCAGACGUUUGCAGUAGGUCGCGGUGUAAACAAAAUGUUUUUACUGUUAGUGAUUUAUUUACAACUGGUUGUGUUGCAUACAAGUGUUUCUCAGGAGUACCGCUGUUUUGACGACUCAUAUUAUUUCCAAGACGAAAUCAAAUUGAUUGAGGUCAGGAAGGGGAACCUGAUUAACAUCUACAACGAAUUGAAUGCAGAGUUCAUUAGGAAAUGUCAUUAUUAUUAUAACAUAUCUUCUUUGGUACUAAAUGACAACACAAUUUCUACUACACGAGCCCUAACAUACAAAUAUGUAAUUAAUCUUUUCACUCAGAGCAUACACGAAUAUGGCGAACCUCCAAACUAUGGUUAUGAUAAAAUUAUGUACGCCGGUGACAUAAAUAGAAAUGAAUCUUUUUGGCCUGAACUUAUAGACGUACAUAAUAGCAGCGACCCUAAAUGUGUUAUCAACAACAUAACUCAAAAGCAUGACUGCUAUGGAAAUAUCAAACUAGUUAGCAAAGGAGUUGCAGAGGUUAAUUCUAAUGACCUAUUCAACUUUGUAUCAUCCAUCGAAUUUGUAAAUAAUGAAGUGAGAUCAAGAGAAAGCUGUUAUACGAUUUUCGAAAGUCCAACCCAACUGAACAAAGUACUCCUUUGCUUAGAUGAAGGACCAGACAGAAGCAUUGUCAUUGAGAUCACACCUUUGAAUCUUGUAAUAAGCAUGAAUUGUACAAGAAUAUUCAAAUCUGAUAACGAGAAUUUCUUGGCUGUGCUGGCUCCUAAACCGUUUAAAAUCGACACUGAUUACAAUUUAGUACCUACUAUUUUCUAUGAGACGCCAUACCUAUCUGUGAAUGACGAUACGACAUUUGUUAACGCGAUUCCUCUGGUACCAUGGCAAUUGUUGAAAUAUGUUUAUUUGGAGUUCCUGAGAUCGAUGGGUUGGCGCCGUGCGGUCAUAUUUUCAGAUGAUUCGUUUUAUAGCAUUGAGUUUGAAGCUGAAUUGACUCAGCUGUUUAAUGAAGAGAAAAUAGUUUACACUGUUCUACGGUGUUAUGGAGCUGGUUGUAAUGUGCCUGAGGUCCGAAGUAGUCUGAUCAGUGUUGAAGCAACUAUAGUUAUAGCUAAUGUAGAGCAGGAGAACGCUAAAUAUCUGCUGCGUACAGUUACCAAUAUACCAUAUGUAUCAGAUAUCAUAUGGCUGGUAAGGGAUCUGCCAAUGUACAUACUCCAAUCGUUUCAUCGGUCAAAUGUUUUCUCUCUGUCUUUGGCUUCCACUCGCCACAAACAGCUCAGAUGCAUGUACAACGACUUGAUUUUGGACGGUAUCAACAGAGUAUGCCAAGCCCACAGGCAUCUUAGUAAUCCAGGAACUGAAUUAAGAAAAACAUUCUAUAGAAAAUUUGCUGAGCAAAUAAGAAAAGAAAAACCAGAAACGGAAGAAAUUGUGGGAUAUGUUCGUCAAGCCUUCAGUCCUGAGGACGUAUUAGUAGUUUUGAUCAACAAAGAUGGUGUCAAAUCAGUAUUAAAGUUCAGUAACCCGUUCAAGGGCCAGAUAUCUGAUGGUGUGAACUGCGUUAUGCGGAGUUACGACUACUUCCGUCCGUGUCAAGAUGUCCUUAUAAUUGUCUUUAUGUUUGUCAUCAUUUUAUUUGCGACCACUCUACUUUUGAUUACCUGUUACUUUCAUAAGACAUCUCCAAUUCAUGGUUUUAAGUAUCGUCAUUUUUAAAUGACCAUCGAUGGACUAUUUAGAUGAGAUGAAUUGGACAUUUAGCGAGGUCCAAAAAUUUUCAAUGGAUGCAAACGCGUGGAAGUAUAAAUACUAUAUUAUCAUCCAAAUACCAUUUGAAUUUUUCCUUGAGGGUGAUUUAUCGGCAAAUCCCUGGACAAUUGUAAAGUACAGGAGUUAUAGAUUGAUAGCAUAUUAAUUGUUAAUAUGUAAAAUAAGCGAAUUUUAGAAGUUUAGAACAAAAA